CGUGGUCUAGCUGUGGAGGUCGGUUGCUGAGCGAACAUGGAGGUGUAGUGAUCGCUGGUCUCCUCUGAAGGAAGGCGCCGCACAGAGCCGCCGUUUAUUUUCUGUUUCCUUUGUUAAUGUUUUACUGUUCGGACUCCAGCAUGGAGAUGAAGAAGCGGGUGAGCCUGGAGCUGAGGAACCGGAGCCCAGCGGAGGUGGCAGAGAUGGUGGUGGAUAACUGCCGCUCCAGCGACGGAGAGGUCGAAGGUCUGACAGAUGAGUACAAGGAACUGGAGAUCCUCAGCAUGGUGAACGUUGGCCUCUCCUCGCUCUCCAAACUGCCCUCGCUGCCCAAACUACGCAAGUUGGAGGUGAGUGAUAACAUCAUCGUGGGAGGUCUGGACAAGCUGGCGGAGAAAUGUCCCAACCUGACGUACCUGAACCUGAGCGGGAACAAGAUCAAGGAGCUGAGCAGCAUUGAGACGCUGCAAAACCUGAAGAACCUGAAGAGUCUGGACCUGUACAGCUGUGAGGUGUCCACGCUAGACGACUACAGAGAGAGCAUCUUCGAGCUGCUGCCUCAGAUCACCUUCCUGGACGGAUACGACCAAGAGGACAAUGAGGUGCCUGACUCAGAGGGCGACAACGACAACGACGACGACGAUGAAGCCGGUCCACCUAAAGACGACAAUGACGACGACGAUGAUGAUGACGAUGAAGAGGAUGAGGAUGCUGACAGCUCUGAGGGAGACGAGGACGAGGUCGGCCUGUCGUACCUGAUGAAGGAGGGAAUCCAGGAUGAGGAAGACGAUGGAGACUAUGUUGAAGAAGAGGAGGACGACGAGGAGGAGGAGGAAGAUGGAGAUGUGGACGGUGCAGAUGUUCAAGGGGAGAAGAGGAAGAGAGAUGCAGAGGAUGAUGGUGACGAUGAUGAUGAUGAAUAGUUGAAUCACCUUCGCCACCUGUAACCAACCCCCCCUCCCCUACUCCUCCUAGAGGGACCUCUGACCCCACCGGGAGUCGCUGCAGAUAGACAGGAAACGGAGAGCAGGUUCAGGAUCAGUUCUCACCAAACACACUCGUUAUACAUGGCUGUCAUUUGACUGAUGAUGUCAUCGUUUUCCUGGUAACAUGUGAUCGGAUCACAGAUCAAUACUCAGUGUUGCGAUUGGUUCUCUGACUGUUCCAAACUCCAUUGAAGAAACUGCAAAUUUUAUACCAUCAGUCUGAAAACUUUAUUCACAGCUACUCUGAUUAACAGACUUACAUGGUGGAAAGUGACUCAGUACUUUAACUGAAGUACUGUACAGAGUACCAACUGUGUAUAAAUACACAAACUGCUCACAUGUUACUGCAUCAGACAAACUAUAUCUACCUGUUUGAUCUUUUCGUUUUAUUGAUUAUUGAUCCGGACUAGGAGUUCACACUUCUAAUGUUUUCAACUCAGUUCGACUUCCUAUUUACGUCUCUUUUAUGACAAACACUAGACUGCGUGUGAUCAUCAGUUAUCAAACCGUUUUAUCAUCAAUAAUCACAAUUUGAACCAGACUGGAGGUUCACGUCUGUUCAGCAGGUGGUCAAAUUCCACCUUCUUAACCCUGUAGUCCGGUCUGUGACUCUAAAGACUACAUUACCCAUGAGCCUCAGCUCUCUGAUUGGAUGAUUUUGACAGCAGUGCAUUUGGGGUGAAUUUCUCUGUAUUUUGACCCCCCCACCACCUGUUGGUCUGCGGCUCCAUGCUCCUCCUGGUCUUCGUGGAUCCAGAGUCGGGUCUCUGUGGAUUUAGACUCUUGUUUCUGCUCCUACUGGUCUCUGUGGGUCCAGACUCUGGUCUCUGUUCCCACUGGUCUCUGCUCCUACUGGUCUUUGUGGAUCUAGACUCUGGUCUCUGCUCCUACUGGUCUCUUUGGAUCCAGACUCUGGUCUCUGCUCCUCCUGGUCUCUGUGGAUCUAGACAGUGGUACCUGCUCCUCCUGGUCUCUGUGGAUCUAGACCGUGGUACCUGCUCCUCCUGGUCUCUGUGAAUCCAGACUCUGGUCUCUGCUCCUCCUGGUCUCUGUGGGUCCUGAAUCCUGACUCUGGUCUGUGUAAAUAGAAGUGAAGUGGUCUCUGUGGGUUUUUGGCGUCCUGUGUGAAUCUCUCUUGAGUUCAUUUUAUUUUUUUAUUCCCGUCUUCUUCUUCUUCUUCUUGUGUCGCUGUAACGAGUGUUUUUCAAUAAAAACAAAUUAAAUCUCAA